UAUGAUUGCAGCAGUGAAGAAAGUGACAUGGAGUCUGAAUCAAAUGUGGAUUUUGACAUGUUCUCAAAAGAAUCAGACACAGUUGGACCCUCCAAAAGGAAAACUUCUUCGAAGGGGAAAAACAAGGCAGUAUACAUCGACGAAGGUGAUGCAACCCAUAAAUGUGAGCAUUGUGGGGCUAUAAUGUGGUAUGGUGAGCGCAUAAACAGGAAGAGAUCUACCCGUAAACCUAAAUUUUCACUGUGUUGUGGGCACGGUCAGGUACAGCUGCCACUGUUAAAAGAAUCCCCAGCCAUAUUGAAAAGAUUUUUGACAGAGGAUGAUGAAAUGAGUCGAUAUUUUCGUGAGAAUAUUAGAGUUAUCAACAUGGUUUUCUCAUUUACAUCUCUUGGUGGGAAAGUGGACCGCUCUGUUAAAAAAGGUAUUGGCCCUCAAAUGUUUCAGCUUCAAGGAGAGAACUACCAUUUGAUGGGUAGUCUAAAGCCACCAAACGGUGAACCCAAGUUUGGUCAGCUUUAUAUUGUUGACACAGAAAAUGAGAUAGGCAAUCGAUCUGGUAUUAUCGGGUAAUUUUUUGAUUCUUAGUUUAACCAGUUUGCGAUAUGAUUUUCCACCAUAAAUGAGUU